AUGGAGCCCGUCUCAAAGAACGCUCAGAAGCGCCGCCCGCUGUCCGGCGCGGACAAGUGGCUGGGCGGAGUGCUUGGCAGCGACGGCUGCGUCUACGGCGUACCUGGCCAUGCGAGGAGCGUGCUGCGGAUCGACCCAACCACGGACACGGUGCAGACGGUCCGCGGUGAGGACGAGGCGCUGCUGGAGGGGCGGUACAAGUGGCUGCGCGGCAACCUGCACCCGGACGGCUCCAUCUACUGCAUCCCCUGCCACGCCGACCGCGUGCUGCGGAUCGACUGCUCCUCCGACCCGCCCGCCCUCUCGCUCGUGGGCGACCGGCACCCGGGCGAGUGGAAGUGGCACGGCGCGGUGCUGUCGCCGCACGACAAGUGCAUCUACGCGAUCCCGCAGUUUGCAGAGGCGGUGCUACGCCUCGACCCCGCCGCCGGCACCACCAGCCUGCUCGGAGGCCCCUUCCCGGGCGCGUCGCCGACGGGGCGGCACAAGUGGUAUGGGGGGCUUCUCGGAGGAGACGGAUGCAUCUACGGCAUCCCUCAGUGCGCCACGUCGGUGCUCAAGAUCAACCCGUGGACGCAGCAGGUCAGCACACUCGGCGCCCUCCCACCCGGCGGCUGGAAGUGGCACGGCGGCGUCGUCGGGGCGGACGGGUGCAUCUACGGCAUACCAGCCCACGCGGACGAGGUGCUCAAGAUCGACCCGUUCAGCCAGUCGGUCAGCCUAAUCCCCUUCUCGUACCGCUGCCACCACCGGACCGACCGAAAGUACAAGUACCUCGGCCGCAUCUACUGCAUCCCGUCCGACGCGGACCACGUCUUGCGGAUCGACCCGGCGACGGCGUCGGCGGUCGAGGCGUCGGCGGUGCUGCGCGUGGACCCGAUGCGCGACGCCGUGGACGUCGUCGGCGGCCCCUUCUUCGGGUUCGAAAAGUGGGAGGGCGGCGUGCUGUCGCGGGGCGGCGCGAUGUACUGCGUGCCUCUCAACAGCAAGAGGGUGCUCACGUUUGGGGCGGCGGCGCGCGAGGCGCUGCAGCGGGACGGGUACAUGGAGUGCGACGCAGAGGUGGAGCUGCUCUGGCGGUUCGUGACGACCGUCUCGCCCGCCGUGGUCCGCGACGACCCCGAGUCGUGGUACCCGCCCGCCGACGGACAGCCAGACCCGUGGCCGCACUCCGGCUGGCGCUCGUUUGCCGACAUGUUCCAGCACCACGGCGCGGGCUGGCUGUUCGGCAGCCUGCGCGAGCGGCUUGCGGAGCGCGUCUUCUCGCGCCUCUUUGGCACAACCGCGCUGCACGCCUCCAAGGAAGGCUUCACCUUCCGCCGCCCGACCGCUUCGCCGGCAGGGCGCGCCCACCCGGCAGCUGGCCGGCCGCCGCCAAACGUCUGCGGCCGGCCGCAGCCUACCUCCUGCGGCGAACACUUUGACCAGGGCGCGGCGGAGGCGGGGCUGCAGUUUGUGCAGUCGGCGACGGCCCUCACCGACCAGGCGGCCGAGGACGCGUGCUUCCAGUGCUGGCCCGGCUCGCACGCUCUUCACCCGGCGCUGGUGGGAGGGACGUGGCGGGGGCGGUCGCAGUGGGUGCCGCUCACGGACGCGGACCUCGCCGCGCUGCGCGCCGCUGGGCUCUCGCCGAGGCGCGUCCCCGUCUCUCGCGGCGACGUGAUCUUGCCGGCGAGCAUGACACCGCGCCGCGUGGCGCGCCUCAAGGUGGAGGCGUACCAGACCGCCGCCACCGGAGACCACAACCCGAGCCGCGAGCACUGGCAUGCGCCGCCGGCCGCCGCGUCGGACGGAGCGCCGCGCUUCGCACACUUCUUCGCGGGCGGGCCGCCAAAGCUGACGGCGCGGCAGGCGGAGCUGUGCGGGCUGGUGGCGUACGAGGGCGUCACGAAGGGCGUGGGGCCGGCAGUCAACCGCGACACACCAACGUAG